GCUCGGAGCGGAGACUCCACCCACUGGCUGAGCAACCGGGAAAGGAAGCGCCAAUCUGCCUGCCGGCCUUCCUAGUCUGAGCACUUGGCUGAGCGCUACAGCCGCUCCGUCAGGCCCAGGGUGACACCGGCUGGGACGUCCACCAUGCCCCCCAAAACCGAUGUGUUGAGUCAAGAUGAGCUGCGCAAAAAGCUGUACCAGACGUUUAAGGAGCGGGGCAUCCUGGACACACUCAAGACACAACUGAGAAAGCAGCUGAUUCAAGAGUUGAUGCACCCUGUGUUGAGUGGAGAACUGCAACCCCAGUCCAUUUCUGUGGAAGGGAGUGCGCUCCUAAUAAGUGCUUCCAACUCCCUCGUGGCGGACCACCUGCAGAGAUGUGGCUAUGAGUAUGCACUUUCUGUCUUCUUUCCGGAAAGUGGCUUGGAACAAGAAAAGGUAUUUACUAUGCAAGAUCUCUUAGAGGUUAUUAAGGUCAACCCUGAGUCCAGCUUCUACAAGUCACUGACUUCCAGAUUUGAUAAGGAAAACCAGAAAGGUUUUCUCAUGCAGUUUUUAAAGGAAGUGGCAGAGUAUCUUCAGACUAAAAAGGGUCAUGAUGUGGAAACUCAGACAAGUUCGGAAUUUCCUAGCAGAGACUCCCUGGCCGAGAAGCUCCAGCUUAUUGAUGAUCAGUUCGCAAGUGCCUACCCUCAGCGUCCAAAAUUAGAAUGUUUAGAAACAAAGCUAAAUGAGUAUAAGCGAGAAAUAGAAGACCAGCUGCGGGUCGAAAUGUGCCAGAAGCUUGCAUAUUUUAAAGACACCGAAGUAGCAAAAAUUAAAAUGGAAGAGAAAAGAAAAUGUGAGAAGGAGCUUGCUGAUUUCCAAAAAGAAUUUGAAAGAGUGUAUCAAGCAAAAUCUGAAGACCUUAUUACUCGGGAAAAGAUGAGCCUGGAGAGAAUUCAGAAGCACCAGGAGACUGAAUCAAAAGAAAUUUAUGCGCAAAGACAGCUUCUACUAAAAGACAUAGAUUCAUUAAGAAAUCGAGAAGCAGAUCUGAAGCAAAGAAUCGAAGAUUUUGAAUUGACUCAGAAGCUACAAGAAGAAAAAAAUAAAAGUGUGACUGAGGCGCUCAAGAGACGGGAGCUGAAUGUCAAGACCCUUGAGGAGACCUAUGACCAAAAACUCAAGAAUGAACUUCUGAAGUAUCAACUUGAACUUAAGGACGACUACAUCGCUAGGACUAAUAGACUCAUGGACGAUGAGCGGAAGAGUAAAGAAAAAGCUCUGUAUCUGCAAGAGGAGCUCACAGCACUGAAGUCAAAAAAGGAAGAACUUAAUUACUCUGCAAAUCGUAUGAAAGAACUUGAGCUUGAGUUAGAGUCUGCCAAAGCCCAGCUUUUGGCACUAACCGAGAAAAACCACCUGCUGAACGAAAAGAUUAAAGAGAUGAAUGACUAUUCACUACUCAAGGAAGAGAAACUGGAGCUCCAGGCGCAAAACAAACUACUGAAACAGCAACUGGAGGACAGUAAAAAUGAAAACACGCGUCUCCUAAAUCGCAUAUCUCAGCCAUCUCCCGAGAUGCUAGUUUUUCAGAAAGAAUUAAAGAAAGCAGAAAAUGCUAUUGCAUACGAGCAUAAGGAGUUUGAAACGUACAAGCAAGCUCUGCAGAAACAGCUGCAAAGUGAAAUUGAGCGUUCUACACAGUUGAAGGCCCAGAUAUUAGAUUAUGAUGCUUCUGUAAAGAUGUUAACCAUGCAGGUUACGGACUUAAAAUCACAACUGAGACAAACGCAGACAGCCCUAGAGAAUGAAGUGUACCGCAACCCAAAGCAGUCCCUGAUAGAGCGCUCCGCCAACAGGUUGGUGAGUGACAGCCUGGUGCCUCACCACAACAUCAGUGGAGAUUACUUGAAGAGUCCUCAAGAACUGGGAAGGCUGAUGGCAGUCACGGUUGUGCCAAGGCUCACAAAUUGUGCUUUAAAUGCGAGCAGGGAGGGGAGCUCCCCCGAUUCUGACCUUGAAUUUGUGGCCAACACAAAGGCCAGGAUGAGGGAGCUGGAGCAGGAGGCUGAACGCUUAGAGAAAGCCUUUCGCAGUUACCACCAGAGAACUAGCCUGCACCCUGCCAGCAGCCCUCAAACAGCCAAGAUCCCACAGCCCCUGCACACAGUCGGGACUCUCCAAAGCAUCACUUCAGGUUCCCCUGAAAGAUGCCUUUUGUCAGCGGACAGAGUGGGCUCACUCAGAGAACUCAGAGAGGGAAAGAACGACGUGUUAGACUUGCUAGCUGGCAGCAUGGCCUCCCAGCGCAGAAGCACGUCUUCUAGACGCCUGUCCUCCACGCCUCUUCCAAAAACCAAGAGAAGCCUGGAUGGGGAGAUGUAUCUGGAAGGCCUGGCCUGCUCCCAAGCCUCUGCUCCCAGCGCCUGUCCUGACAGAACACCCCAGCCUUCACCAGCCGAGUCUAGGCGCAGCCUUUCCAUCCACUCGCUGUCUGGCACGCUGGAGCAGUCUGGUUUUUUUCAAAGACGAGCUGACCUUCAAGACAGAAGUGAGUUUUCAGAUGAAGACAAGCUAACUUUUAAGGAUAAUGAAGAGUGUGAAUCAUCUUCUCAGUAUGCAGGGGCUGCGCCCCAGCAGUUUGAAGCGGAUGGACUUUAUCCUGCUGGUGACAUGCCACACAUGGACACUGUGGCCGCCGCUGUGCCUGCCAAACCCACCUUUCACUGCUCAAGUAUAUAUCAGAAACAAAUCGGUGAAAAUAAAGGAGAGAAAAUGUGGGAACAGCAAGCAAAGGAACAAAAGCAGAGAGAAGAAAGAAGGCAGAAUGAACGACAAGAAACUCUGGAAAGGGAACGAAGAGAACUUGAAAGAUUGGAUCAAGAACGGAAAAUGAUUGAGGAGUCUCUGAAGAUUGAGAUGGAAAAGGAAUUAGAAAUGAGUACCCAAGACGUGAAAGCUGAACCAGCUGGAGGUGGAAAUCCCUUAGAGAAAUACAUGAAAAUCAUAGAGCAAGACAACCAAGUCCAGGAGGCAGCAGAUAAGGUGUCAAGAAAGAAAUUUAAUAGAGUCACCGUCAUUGACUGAUGCAUGACUCAAAGACAUUAGCAUUGGCUGAAAGUGUGAAGACUACAGGUCUCGAGAAUGCAUGCCAGACAGUUUAUUUUGAUGUGCUUGCUGAGUUCCUUGUUGCAAUGCCACCUCCUUUUUGGUGCUUAAAUUGAGUGUGUAUUCAAAGAGUUAGUGGAUAAUUAUUUAAUAAAAUCAGUACCUACCUAACUU